UAAAUUCCUGUUGGUUGAUAACUUGAAAUGUACAUAUCGUUUUUGAACGUUAUAAUUCACUGAACGAAUAAUAAAAGUGCCAUAUUUGCAUUUAGAGAACUAAAAACAUCAACCACAUAAAGCCCACAUCCGGCCAACAGUUAACAAAAUAAGAGCCAACGGCCCCGGAUGAGACGGGUACUUAACUGUGGCAAAUACAGUCAAGAAAGAGAACACGUUAAAGACAGAAAUCAGGAAGCAACCGAAUCUCCAAGAUACAUUAGACAUUUGAUCAGAGAGACUAUUAUAUUAUGAAAGACAUACAGAGUUAAUUAAGAUAAUGUAUUGUAUUUGAUGGGAUGCUGGUUCCCCUCCAAAACAGUAGGUGGCGGUAAUGCACCGUUAACGCUGGUUUCCACCCGCCAUUACAUCGUAAAAAGAAGAAGAAGAAGACCCGGGGUUUUUGAAUCAGGUUUGUGUAAAAUUGUCCCAGACCGAAGCAAAACAAACGAACCAACAUACAAACACACAGGUAUUUAUUUGAGAGUGGAGUCCCGGGAUGUCCUCAUCAUGGACUGGGACCAGCUGGAGCUCCACCCGAGGAUCAUCUCUGCGGUGCGGAGAUGUGCUCUAUCUGUCCGGACGGUGCUGUGUGUUUCUGCCCCGGACCUGCAGCGGCUCUCCGGUCUGUCCCGCUCCGACACCCAGCAGCUGCUCACCGCCGCCGCCACAGCCUGCCGCCGCCACGCGCCCCUCCCUGCGCUCCUGAGCCGCGGGUUACAGUCCAGCCUCAGACUCAGCGUGGGCUGCCCCAUCCUGGACGAGCUGCUGAGGGGGGGGCUACCCGUGGAGGGGGUCACCGAGCUGUCCGGAGAGAGCGGCGCGGGGAAGACUCAGCUGGCUCUGCAGGUCUGUCUGUCUGUGCAGUACCCCACACAGUACGGAGGUCUGAACGCAGGAGCCGUGUUUAUCAGCACCGAGGACUCUUUCCCGGUCCGGCGGCUGCAGCAGCUGAUCCGGGGUCAGUCCUGUCUGCGCAGCGACGUUCCUCCCUGGCUCAUCAGCAGCCUGAACUUCAGCGACCGGGUCUACAUCGAGCACGCCGCAGACCUGGCCUCUCUGCAGGAGUGUGUGUCCCGCCGCGUGCCCCUGCUGCUGGCUCGCGGACUGGUGCGUCUCGUGGUCGUGGACUCGGUCGCUGCGCUGUUCAGGUCGGACUUCCUGGCUUCUGAUUGGUUGGAGAGGAACAGACAGCUGCUCACCUUCUCCGCCGCUCUGCACCACCUGAGCCGGGAGUACAGCACCCCUGUGCUCUGCAUCAACCAGGUGACGGAUGUUUUCAGCAGUUCGGACAGUUUGGGCUCAUCGUCCAGCACGGGGACCCUCACCGUGACCCCCGCCCUCGGAUUGGCCUGGGCUAAUCAGGUGAUGGUCCGGCUGAUGAUGUGGCGUCUGCAGGGAACGGUCUCCCGUGGCGACCAGAGCAGCGCCCCGCGCAGGCUGCAGGUGGUGUUCGCUCCUCACCUGGCCCGCGGGGGCCGGGGGGCCGGCGUGUGGAGGGAGGGGGUCCGGGGCCUCAUAGAAACCGCAUGAAAUUAUUCAUAAAAAUAUAAAUACAAGAUUCCCCCGACACACACACACACACACACACACCUGUACAGACAAACACAAAAGUGUAACAGCCAUUGCUGCCUUUUUUUUAUGUUACAUAUUACUCACCUCUUUGCUGCACGCUUGUGGUCGAACUACAGAAAAGCAGGUUUACAGAGACCUUGAGUAGCCAUGCUAUGAGAAUAUUAAUAAAGAGACCCAGAUGGUGUAGUGAAAGUUAAAUGUUUGAGGCUGUGGGAGUCUUUAAAUUACAUAAUGUUCUAAGAAAUCUCCAAGAGAUUAAGAAAGAGCAACUAUUACUCAGUAAUCCAAUACCAUCUGUGCAGACAUUGGUUAGGUUUUCUCUUUGAAUGACAGUUUUUUUGAACCAUGUUUUUUAUUUUACUUUUGUAUAUAAUUUAUUCCAUAUGAUAUAUUUUAUGUAAUUAAACGCUUCUAAAGUUUUGAAUAUUUGAUUUCUACAUGAUACCACAUACUAUACAUACAGUACAGUCUUUAUAUACAUAUUAUUUCUGAUGGUUCUCAGUUUAGCUAAUGGCAGUAUGAAACACUAUUGGAGUCAUUCAGACCAGAAGAAACAUUUCCCUACAUUUUAAUGUCAAAUACAUUUGACAGUUAGCAUUGUACAUUACACGCUUGUAAUCUGGAAUUCCAGUGUAUCUUCAAUGGAUUACUUUAUACUGUACCAGAGUUGGUGUCAUUUUAUCCUACGUUAUCAGAACAUUACGGAUUACACUACUAAGGUUGAGUUAACAUUUGACAUUAAGCAAUUGUAUUAUUUUCUUUAAACAAAUGUGAUCUGGCAGCAAACUAUUUUUUAAAGAAGUACUACAUUCUCUCACUUGUGGAAGCAUUAAAAACGUUCAGGACUGAAUUUAUUAUUUUAUUGGCAUAUACACAGUUUUUACAACAGGAAAUGAAAGAAAUAUUUCAACUUCAGUGAUGACCAUGGAACUCGGGGAGAUCUGGAACAACUUCACCCGUCUCCAGGAUGGUGUCACCCUUAACACAAAAACAGGGACAGAAAACAAUUAGCAAUUAGCAUCAUAGCACUGUUUGCAUGUAAACAAUCUAACUCUCUCUGGUAAAUCAGGCGUGUAUGCAGAUGUACAUCCUAAUCACAUACACUAUAAUUAUAUGAAUUAUACAAUUGCGGUGAUUAGAGGAACACAAAAGAUACAAUUGAUUUUAAAUGAGUCAUACUUACAGGGAACAGCCUGGGUUUCAACGGCACAAUACCAUAUGGCCUUUCCUGCGGGGGACAAAGACAUUGUUUUAGUACUCUUCCGACACCUACAUGUAUAAGUAUGGGUUGUAUAGUGGCCAUGUUUGUUAAUAAAAAAAGACAUGGAA